GGAACAACCUCUCACUGUCCUCCCGCUGCCAUUGCUGUCGCCUCCGAUACUGAACUACGAGAGUCAUGUUACCCAAUACCGGGAAACUGGCAGGAUGUACAGUUUUUAUCACAGGUGCAAGCCGUGGCAUUGGCAAAGCUAUUGCAUUGAAAGCAGCAAAGGAUGGAGCAAAUAUUGUCAUUGCUGCGAAGACUACACAAGUACACCCCAAACUUCCAGGCACAAUCUAUACUGCUGCUGAAGAAAUUGAAGCCGCUGGAGGAAAGGCCUUGCCAUGUAUUGUUGAUGUGAGAGACGAACAGCAAAUCAGUAAUGCGGUGGAGAAGGCAGUUGAGAAAUUUGGAGGAAUUGAUAUCUUAGUGAAUAAUGCCAGUGCUAUUAGCUUGACCAACACAAUGGAAACACCUACGAAGAGGGUGGAUUUGAUGAUGAAUGUCAACACCAGAGGCACCUACCUUACGUCUAAAGCAUGUAUUCCUUAUUUGAAAAAGAGUAAAGUUGCUCAUAUCCUCAAUCUCAGCCCACCACUGAACCUAAAUCCACUGUGGUUCAAACAACACUGUGCUUAUACCAUUGCUAAAUAUGGUAUGUCUAUGUGUGUGCUUGGAAUGGCAGAAGAAUUUAAAGGUGAAAUUGCAGUCAAUGCAUUAUGGCCUAAAACAGCCAUACACACUGCUGCUAUGGAUAUGCUGGGAGGAUCAGGUAUUGAAAGCCAAUGUAGAAAAGUUGACAUCAUUGCAGAUGCUGCCUAUUCCAUUUUCAAAAAGCCUAAAAGUUUUACUGGUAACUUUAUUAUUGAUGAAAAUAUCUUAAAAGAAGAAGGAAUAAAAAAUUUUGACGUCUAUGCAAUUAAACCAGGUAAUCCUUUGUUACCAGAUUUCUUCUUAGAUGAAUACCCAGAUACAGUUACCAAGAAAAUGGAAUCACAUGGUGCUGUCCCACAGUUGAAAGAAGAAAAGCCACAGCCAUCAUUGAAACCACAUUCUGGAACUGUGGAAGAAACAUUUAGGAUUGUUAAAGCCUCUCUCAGCGAUGACAUUGUUAAAGCUACUCAAGCAGUUUAUCAGUUUGAACUCUCGGGUGAAGAUGGUGGAACGUGGUUUCUUGAUCUAAAGAACAAGGGUGGGAAUGCCGGACAAGGAGAGCCAACUGAUGAGGCAGAUGUAGUAAUGAAUAUGUCUACUGAUGAUUUUGUAAAAAUGUUUUCAGGGAAGCUGAAACCAACACUGGCAUUCAUGUCAGGAAAAUUGAAGAUUAAAGGAAAUAUGGCCCUAGCAAUCAAACUGGAGAAGCUAAUGAGUCAGAUGCAUGCCAAGCUGUGAAGGAAAAGAAAAAAAAUGUUGAUCUAAGCUCAAAAAGUAAAAGGGCUCAAAAGUUAAAAUCUAAUGUUUAUUUUCUUCCCUGUUGUAUUAUAAGGAUAUCCAUGUUUGUUCUGGAAAAAAUAGAAUUUCUGUAUCUGUAAGACUUAAAACAGCUAGCAAAACCAUAAACUUCAUUAAGUAGAAUUCUCAGACAUUCUCUUUUUAAUAUUUUGUGAGUUUUGCUCUCUGAGCACUAUAAACCAUUUACCAUCUUCUAAGAAAAGUAUUGUGAGCAUCCAAUCAGAUCAAGCAGUAAAGUAACAUUUGCUCUUUUCAGAGCUUUUUCCCCUGUAAAAUAUGACUAGUCCUAAAAUUUUUAAUUUGGCAUUAUAUACCAAUGAAAAUCUUAAUGAUAUCUUAGAUUUUUAUAUACUUACUUUAAAGAAGAUAAUCUAUAAUACAUUUUCACAGGAAUCACAAAAUAAACUACUUAAUACUAUUUUAAAGACUAAUGAAACAAAAUCAGUUUUUCAUUCGUUAACUAGCUUUCCAGGUAUAAGUCAACUGUAGGAAAAUAUUAUUAAUGUAAUUCAGCUAAUAUGUAUCCUCAUUUAAAUUAUAUAAAAAUGUCCUAAAAUAAAAAUUUUCUUCAGAAGUAUGUACUUGGUUUUGAAAUGAGAACAUUAGAAUAGAUGGUUGUUACAUGCUUAAAUGUCUGCUGCCCAAAUAUUUUUAAUGUUUUCAUUGAUUUUUGUAGAGAGAGAGGAAGGGAGAAAGAGAUAGAAACAUGGAUGUUAGAGAGAAACAUUGAUCGGCCGCCUCCCGCAUACAUCCAGCCCGCAACCGCAUGUGUCCUGACUAGGAAUUGAACCGGGACCUCACGGUCCCUGGGAUAGUGCUCAGUCCACUGAGUCACACUGGCUAGGCUGCUGCCCACUUUUUUGUGUUGAAGUCCUAACUUCUAGUACCUCAGAAUGUGACUGUAUUUGGAGAUAAAGCCUUUAAAAGUGGUGAUUAAAUGAAAAUGAGGCUAUUAGGAUGGGCCUUAAACCAAUCUGGUUGACGUCCUUAUAAGAAGAGGGAAUUUGGGCACAAAAGAGAGACCAGGGACGCACACUCCGAGGAAAGACCACGUGAGGACAUGGCAAGAAGGUCAUCUGCAAGUCAAGGAGAGAGGCUUCAGAGGAAACCAAAUCUACUGGCACCUUGAUCUUACACUUUUCCAGAACUGUAAGACAUUUUUGUUGGUUUAGUCACCCAUUCUGUGGUAUUUUGUUCUGGCAGCCUUAGCAAACUAAUACAAUGGUUGGU